CUGUAAAGAAAUCAUUCAACAAAGUAUUAACCAAAACAACUAAUCAAGCUUUUUGGGUUGAGAAUAGAAGCCUCACGACGCAGCCUCCACACACCCCUUGCGCUGUGCAAUGGUGCUGCUUAAAUCCUCACUGCUUCCCCUCCUCCUGCAAUCACAUCAGAUCACCAAUCAUUGGAAUCAGGUGGCAGCCAUUACCUCCUGCUUAUAGGAAGUAAAAGGGAUAGAGAGAGAAACAGGGAGAGAACAAACAAAAGAAAAAACAAAUACGUCCUUGGACGUAACAGUAAUGCAUUACAAUAUCGCGUUACUCCCUUAAAGUAACUAACUACGUUACUUAUGAUUUGGGACACGGCGGGUCAGGAGCGCUUUCAGUCUCUGGGCGUGGCGUUCUACAGAGGGGCGGACUGCUGCGUGCUGGUUUACGACGUCACGGCACCAACUACAUUCAAGACUAUGGACAGCUGGAGGGACGAGUUUCUCAUUCAGGCCAGUCCUCGUGACCCGGAGAACUUCCCCUUUGUUGUGCUGGGCAACAAAAUCGACCUGGAGAACCGGCAGGUGACGACAAAGCGAGCUCAAGCGUGGUGUCAGAGUAAGAACAACAUCCCCUAUUUUGAGACCAGUGCCAAAGAAGCCAUUAACGUGGACCAGGCCUUCCAAACUAUCGCUCGCAAUGCACUCAAACAGGAGUCGGUGGAGACGUAUGACUUCCCUGACCAGAUUAAACUAACAGACAGACCUGUGUCUAGCAGUGAUGGCUGCAGCUGCUGAAGGAAAGAUCAAACUGGGGAUGGGAAGAGAAAGAGCCAUCAUGGGAAAGGGAGAAAGCGAGAUGGAAAAGAUCCAGGCCUGUUAUUCUAGCAUCCAUCCUCCCCUUUUCCUCCUUGAAAACCUCCAGGGUAUCAAAUGCCACGUGUGAAAGCUGAACAUCCAUUUUCUUGCUGAACUCCAAGUAAACGUGUGGUAUGAUAAACUAUCGAGGAACAGGAAGACCAAUGUGUUGCGUAUCCUCUGACAUUGCAUUUAUUACGAGUCCUGCUAUCACUACAGCUGUCCCGAGAAUUUCUGCUGUCUGAGCAAUUUGAUUUUCUUUUCUCAGAAAUGAUUCUUUGGUCUGCUAGUUCGUUGUGCCUUUUUAAUUCUUACUUUUGGUUAUUGAUAUCAAUGUUUCGCUCCUAUGCUGAAUGAAUAUUCAUAAAAAAAGACAUUACAUGUGUAAUAGGGCUGGGAAAUAUAAUAAUAUGAAUAAAAUGUUUUAUCUGCCAUUUAAAAUCAACCAUUUGUUUACAAAU